AUGGGAGAGAUCAACCAGGGUGUCUCUCGAUAUCUUUUCGUCGUCAAAGAUCCGAAAUCCCAGUCAUUCUCAAGGAGCGACGACAAGGAAAGGCGGCUGAUCCACCGCCAUGUCCAGAUCGACAGCAUGCAUCGCCGACAGUCGUCGAUUCCUCACGGGACCAACAAGACCGAGCAACUACCAUUCAUUGAAGUCAAGCCGGGCGUCAAAUCUGGCACCACCCGUAGACGGGCGGAUGCUGGAUCCAACAAAAGACCACCGCAAUCUACAGUGUCGCGAUCCUUAGACCCCAGUGCACUGUGCCGCUGCCUUGUGAUUUCCAAACAGCCUUGUGCGGUACAUGGCAUCCCCCGUGUGCCGACAGAUGAAUUGCACAUCAUUGAUCCUUUCGCAACUACCGUGGUUAAUGUCGACCGCAAAGCUCAUGGUCUUCUCCAAUAUUUCAUCCAUGUUUCCCAUCCUAGGACAUGGCAUUCUGAAGUGCAGGACGAUCAUACUUACACCUUUCAGAAGGAUGUCCUAACAUUGGUCAAAGGAUGCCUCGAGAAAGAGGUGCAUUUUUACACCUUGCUGGCGUCCAUGGCAAGUCAAAUGCAGUACUUCGAGCAGAUGAACCGAGACGAUGACACCACUAGUCAGAUGGUAACGAAAGCUAUCGACGCAAUACGCCGGCAUCUCAGAUCUUCGCCCCCUAUUAACCAAAGACUUAUCUUUGACAUACAUCAAAUGGCUGUUACGGAUUUUUACCGAUACGAACUGAACUCUGCUCUCAUUCAUCUCACAGCGGCCAGAAGUCUUCUAUCACAGCUCGGGGGCAUCGAACGAAUCGAUCCUUCACUGCGGGAAUGGAUAGUGAUUGGGGACGGCUAUCUAGCAGCAGAACUUUUCCAGAAGCCUCUGUUUCCUGCUUCGUGUUUCGACCCCGGCGAACUAGAGCUGGAGCACGUGGACGUGGUUCACGUCCAUUCUAAUCCCCCCGCGAACUGGUUUCAAGAACCCAGGUAUCAAAAACUUCUGCCAACACAGAUGCAGCGCGUGCUUAUAGAUCUUACCACCACGGUUCACAUCAUGCAGCGGCAGUUGAGACCACCGCCGUCAGAUCGAAAUGCACCGGCUGGAUCCAAAACAAUUCUCCACUGGCUCCUUCUCCGGACAAGUGCACUCAGACACCGACUUCUGGAACUCCAAGUUGACGAUGGUAAAGUGGAUGCCAUCAGAAUUGUCUUGAUCGUGUGGUUAUUCAUGGUAAUGACAGUUACUGGUCGACGACGAACAUGCAAAGUCCUCGCCUCGAAACUGAGACUUCGACUCGAAGGUAUCAGACCAAGAGAAUGGAUCGACUUUGGAGACGCCCACCUAUGGGUCCUUCUAGUCGGUGCCGUGUCUGCGGGAACAAGCAAUCGAGGAUGGUUUCUCGCAGCCAUUCUACAGAUGGAGCGUGCGAAUGGUCGAGAAACCCACAAACUCUUUCGGGAGGAUGAGCUUGCGAAACUUUUCGACCGCUUUUCCUACCUCGACCUGUACCAAAGGGGCCUGCUGCGAGCUGUUAUCAAGGAUUUGAAUGCUUCGGCACCACGGACGGCCUAG